GUUAGGGUAACGUACUUUACGUAUUGUCACGACGAUACUAAUAGAAAAGUUAGAUUUGAUUGCAUCAUUCAGUCGGACUCGGUCGUUCCGAUCAACAGUCUACGAGUGUCGUUGAAGUCGAUCGAAACAAAAUGGAAGAAUAUUUGGGAAAAAGCUACGUGAUGGUCAGUGAGGAGAACUUCGAGGCCUACCUCGAGUACAAAGGCUUGAAUUACUUCAAGCGCAAGAUAGCCGUGAACGUGCGGCCGACGCAGACGCUGCGGCGCAACGAGAGCGGGACCUACACGUUCACUGUGCACGCGGCCUUAUUCCACUGGGAGGUGGAGUUCACACCCGGCGUGGAAUACGAAGCUGACUCGCCAGACGGUGAAAAGGUCACCGGAGUGAUAACAUUUGAAGGGAACGUGAUGAAUCACGUACAGAGAGACAAGGGUGGCGUGACCACACACAAACUAGUGUUUGGUCCAGAGGAGACGCUCGUGACGACAACCAUGGAGGGAUUGGACACUGUAGUAAAACGGGUUUACAAACUAGUCGAGUAGCCUUAUUAUUAAUAGUUAAUUGUUACUUUUUUAUUUAUAAGACUGGCCAUUUGGACAUUGUUGUAAGAUGUAAAUAUACUCAAUUAAUUUUAUUAAUGUGAUAUGUAAACAAUAAAUUAUAAUGAUUAAAGAAGAUGACAGUGACAAUUUAAGUCCAUUAAGGUUAAAACUUAAAACACCAUUGAUGUAACUUUAGUUGCACUUUUUUGUUGAUAAUAAAAUAAUAUUAUGAUUAUACUGACGUACGUUCUAUGUUCGUAGACCGUUGUCUCUCUUUAGUUUAUUAUUCCACGUUACUAAGCCAUUGUUGUUUUUUUUAAA